AUAUCUCAACCAAAACUUCGAAAACCGUGUCGGAAUCAGAACGGAACUAUCCACGACUGUAGUGUGUUGAAGAUGAAUCAUGGACUUCUACAAUGGCGGAGUCAUUGCCUACUCUCCUCUUCCAUUCCCUUGUCUUCUAUCCCCAGAACCAGACUCAUAAUCUCCGCCAACAACGCCCAGCAGCAGCAGCAGCAGGAACAGGAACUCAGCGCCAGGGAAAAAAGGCAGCUUAGGAACGAGAGAAGAGCCAGCAACAGCACCAACUGGAGAGAACAAGUGGAGGAGAGACUCAUCAAGAAGCCCAAGAAGAGGUUUGCCACUUGGACUGAGGAGCUCAACCUCGAUACCCUUGCCAAGUUGGGUCCCCAAUGGUGGGUCGUUCGUGUAGGCCGUGUCAGAACUGUGGACACCGCCGAAGUCCUUGCUCGCUUACUCGCUAGAAACUUCCCCGAAAUUGACUUUCAGGUCUAUACUGCAGCUGUCAAUGUGAAGAGGAAGUUGAAGAAUGGUACCUCCUCAGUUAAACCAAAGCCCCUAUUUCCUGGGUGUGUUUUUUUAAGAUGUGUAUUGAAUAGAGAGAUACAUGACUUCAUAAGAGAAUGUGAAGGAGUUGGAGGCUUUGUUGGUUCCAAGGUCGGAAAUACAAAAAAACAGAUCAACAAACCUAGGCCAGUAUCUGAUAUUGACAUAGAAGCGAUCUUUAAACAGGCAAAAGAGGAACAAGAAAAAAUUGACCGAGCUUUCGAGGAAGAACAAAAAGAAGAAAACCUCAACUCUAGGAUGCUCAGUGUUGACACUCAUUUAGAUCCCAAUGAUGAUACACAAUCUGUUGCAGAGUCCAAGUCAAGAAGGGUAUCUAAGAAAGCUUCAGAUUCUGUCAGGAACGGUUCAUCUACAGCAAAGAAAUAUAAGCUCCUUGUCCCAGGUUCAACUGUUCGAGUUGUAUCUGGCACUUUUGCAGAAUUUGUAGGCAGCCUUAAGAAGGUGAAUCGCAAAACUGGAAAGGCAACUGUGGGAUUCACACUAUUUGGGAAGGAAAGCUUAGUAGAUUUAGAUGUCAAUGAUGUUGUUGCAGAGACUAACUGAUGUAAAUAUUGUCUCUCCACAUGACGAUCGUUCAAAGGUAAAUUCUGGUUGAAUUCAUUUUGGAAGGCAUAGUUUAGGAAAAGCUUUCAGUUUUUGUAAAAAAGAGUUGCAAGCUGUUGAAAAAAACUUGACAUGGAUAGUAUACUGAAAUCUCAUAUGAAAAGCUACCAAGGCAGGCUGAGGCAAAGUCCAUUGCAUCAUUGUUUUGGCUUUCUUUGCUCUAGCUAGACAUUGAGCAAGGCCUACUAACACUAAAUCCUUGAUUGGAUGCUGGAUUUUGUGAUCCUGAUGUAGUUUCUGAUGAGUUAAUUAUCAAUAAUUAUUUAGGCAAGGCA